GGGAUAAACGACACAGGUAACAGCCCGUCGCGAGCAACACAGGGAGUGGGACAAACCUCGCUGGCGGGAAGGAGGCAGUCAGCUGAGGGCAGGAGUGACAGCAAGAACCUCCAUCCUAACAUUUAUCUUUCUCAGUGAGCGCCUGUACUGAGGACUGGCAGCCAUGGAGCAGGACCCAAGGAGCCCCCUGGAGAAGAGGCUCCUCCACAAGAAGAUAUAUAAGAACGCCAGAGGGAAAACGCCGCCGUGGAAGGACGUGUAUCGCAAGCGUUGUAUGGAGCGUCUUAGAUCAAGCCGUUCACAGCUGGUAGACAAGUUUCGUGCUGCAGGUGAUGCUAUCAACAACAAUAACAAUCCUGCAGGAAAGAUGGUGCAAGAUAUCAUGGAAAUUGAGUGGGCUGCUAUCAGUCAAGGCAGUGCUUUUCCUUCUUUGAAGAAGCUACCUGUUGGUUUUGAUGAUAUGCCAGAGGAAGAUGAUAUGAUGCUUCUCUCUCUUAUGGAGGAGAUCCAGCAAGAGCUUCUCAAUGAGGGUGAGAAGGGUUAA